UCUGUGCGUAUUUCUUCCCAAGAUGUGUCCACGACCUGUAUGAAUUUCUCCAGAUAUGUUACAGGACUUGUCAAAACAUGUAUUCGAAAUGUUCAAAACCAAACGGUUGCCAAGAGGGUUCAAAUGUUACUCUCCUCGACAAGUUCGGAAAUCCUGUGCUUGACUCCCGUGGUCAAGUGGUGCAGGCUGCAUGUCAAAAUGGGACAUACCCCAUGCAGAAUUAUUCGGUAGCAAUCUCAGCAACAAGGAGAGCGAUGUACUUGGAAAGCAUGUUGCAACGGAUUGUUAGAGGUCCUUCUCGCCGACUCCAAGGCUUUGUGGAUGGGCGGUACUUCGAGUUUGAGCCUGGGCAGAUCAAAUUAUCUGACUUCACCAAAGUUGGGUCUCGCUGUGACACAUGCCUGACGGAAGCGGAGGUGUUGGCUGGCUACACUUGUGACCCUAAAGCUGCUGCUUCGACCUUCGCAUACCAGAGCUGGGAUUGCGCCUACAACACUAGA